UCCCUGCCCUGCUGUCGGCUCCACCCCUGCCCGGAGAGGGGGAGGGCCCGGAUUCGCCGGCUUCAGGCGCCGCCAUGGCUGCCAUAUUUGAGAAGAAGUGAAUGCUGGAGGAGGCGGCGGCCUGGGCGGAGCAGCACCCUCCCCAUUCUCCCCAGGGCGGUGGGUCUCCCGGGUCUCUCGCGGCCGGGCGAAGGAAAUUUGGAGGCGGCCCCGGCCAGUUGGAGACAGCGGUUUAGGCUGGGCUGAGGAGCCGGGAGGCGGCGGCUUUGGCCUAAGAUGGCGGACCCGGCGGAGUGCAACAUCAAAGUGAUGUGUCGCUUCAGGCCCCUCAACGACUCGGAGGUGACUCGAGGCGACAAGUACAUCGCCAAGUUCCAGGCCGAAGACACCGUCGUCAUCGCGUCCAAACCGUAUGCAUUUGACCGUGUAUUCCAGUCACACACAUCACAGGAGCAAGUAUAUAAUGACUGUGCAAAAAAGAUUGUCAAAGAUGUACUUGAGGGAUACAAUGGUACGAUAUUUGCUUAUGGACAAACAUCAUCGGGGAAAACCCAUACUAUGGAGGGGAAACUACAUGAUCCAGACGGGAUGGGGAUUAUUCCAAGGAUAGUGCAAGAUAUUUUUAAUUAUAUUUAUUCCAUGGAUGAAAAUUUGGAGUUCCAUAUUAAGGUGUCGUAUUUUGAAAUUUAUCUGGAUAAAAUAAGGGACCUUCUGGAUGUCUCAAAGACCAAUCUUUCUGUUCAUGAGGACAAAAACAGAGUACCUUAUGUGAAGGGCUGCACUGAACGUUUUGUAUGUAGUCCAGAUGAAGUUAUGGAUACUAUAGAUGAAGGAAAAUCUAACAGACAUGUAGCGGUUACAAACAUGAAUGAACAUAGCUCUCGGAGUCAUAGCAUCUUCCUCAUUAAUGUAAAGCAAGAAAAUACACAAACAGAACAGAAAUUGAGUGGAAAGCUCUACCUUGUAGACUUGGCAGGUAGCGAAAAGGUUAGUAAAACAGGAGCAGAAGGUGCUGUGCUGGAUGAAGCUAAGAACAUCAACAAAUCUUUGUCUGCUCUUGGAAAUGUCAUUUCUGCUUUAGCUGAAAACAGUACAUAUGUUCCAUAUCGUGAUAGUAAAAUGACAAGAAUCCUUCAAGAUUCACUAGGGGGAAACUGUAGAACCACAAUUGUUAUUUGCUGCUCUCCAUCAUCUUACAACGAAUCUGAAACAAAAUCUACAUUGUUGUUUGGUCAAAGAGCAAAGACUAUCAAGAACACAGUAUGUGUCAAUGUGGAACUCACUGCAGAACAAUGGAAGAAAAAGUAUGAAAGAGAAAAGGAGAGAAACAAGACCCUGCGCAACACCAUACAGUGGCUUGAGAAUGAACUCAAUAGGUGGCGCAAUGGAGAGACUGUACCAGUUGAUGAACAGUUUGAUAAAGAAAAAGCCAACUUGGAAGCAUUUGCUGUGGAUAAGGAUGCUACUAUUACCAAUGACACUCCAACUGCUACUAUUGGAGUGAUUGGCAAUUUUACUGAUGCUGAAAGGAGAAAGUGUGAGGAAGAAAUUGCUAAAUUGUACAAACAACUGGAUGAUAAGGAUGAAGAAAUUAAUCAGCAGAGCCAACUGGUAGAAAAGCUAAAAACACAAAUGUUGGAUCAGGAAGAACUUCUAGCAUCUACCAGGCGGGACCAAGACAAUAUGCAAGCUGAAUUGAAUCGCCUUCAAGCUGAAAAUGAUGCCUCUAAAGAGGAAGUGAAAGAAGUGCUCCAAGCCCUUGAGGAGCUUGCUGUCAACUACGAUCAAAAAUCUCAGGAAGUGGAGGACAAGGCAAAAGAAUAUGAACUGCUUAGUGAUGAACUGAAUCAGAAAUCGGUAAUAUUAGCUAGUAUAGACGCAGAACUUCAAAAACUUAAAGAAAUGACCAAUCACCAGAAAAAACGGGCCACAGAAAUGAUGGCAUCUUUAUUAAAAGACCUUGCAGAAAUAGGAAUUGCUGUGGGAAAUAAUGAUGUGAAGCAACCAGAAGGAACUGGCAUGAUAGAUGAGGAGUUCACAGUUGCAAGACUCUACAUCAGUAAAAUGAAAUCCGAAGUGAAAACUAUGGUAAAACGGUGCAAGCAACUAGAAAGCACACAGACAGAAAGCAAUAAGAAAAUGGAAGAAAAUGAAAAAGAGCUAGCAGCCUGUCAGCUUCGCAUUUCACAGCAUGAAGCCAAGAUCAAGUCACUUACAGAGUACCUUCAGAAUGUGGAACAGAAGAAAAGACAGCUUGAAGAAUCUGUGGACUCACUUAAUGAUGAGCUAGUUGAGCUUCGAGCACAAAAAAAAGUUCAUGAAAUGGAGAAGGAGCACUUAAACAAAGUUCAAACUGCAAAUGAAGUCAAGCAAGCUGUUGAGCAGCAGAUUCAAAGUCACCGUGAGACUCAUCAAAAGCAGAUUAGUAGCCUAAGAGAUGAAGUUGAGGCAAAGGAGAAACUAAUUACUGAACUGCAAGAUCAAAAUCAGAAGAUGAUGCUUGAGCAGGAAAGACUCAGAAUUGAGCAUGAUAAACUGAAAGCUACAGAUCAAGAGAAAAGCAGGAAACUACAUGAACUUACGGUUAUGCAAGAUAGAAGAGAACAAGCAAGGCAAGACUUGAAAGGUUUAGAAGAGACUGUGGCCAAAGAACUUCAGACCCUGCACAAUCUUAGGAAACUGUUUGUUCAAGAUUUGGCUACUCGAGUUAAGAAGAGUGCAGAAAUUGACUCCGAUGACACUGGGGGUAGUGCUGCUCAAAAGCAAAAGAUUUCCUUCCUUGAAAAUAAUCUUGAACAGCUCACAAAAGUCCACAAACAGCUGGUACGUGAUAAUGCAGAUCUUCGAUGUGAGCUUCCAAAACUGGAGAAACGGCUGAGAGCUACGGCUGAGAGAGUUAAAGCUUUGGAGUCUGCACUAAAGGAAGCCAAAGAGAAUGCAUCUCGUGAUCGCAAACGAUAUCAACAAGAAGUAGAUCGUAUUAAGGAAGCUGUGAGAUCAAAGAACAUGAUCAGGAAGGGGCAUUCAGCACAGAUUGCUAAGCCUAUUCGUCCUGGCCAACAUCCAGCGGCGUCUCCAACUCAUCCAAGUGCAAUUCGUGGGGGAAGUGCUUUUACUCAGAACAGCCAGCCAGUUGUGCUCCGUGGAGGUGGAGUGCGGCAGGAGAAAGCAUAAGUUUCACCAUAGAGAUGCUGUGAAAAGUAUGUGCAGCAUGAAGAGGAUUGAAUAUCACGCAAUGAGAGUCAUUCCGUGACAGUGAUCUCUAUAUCUGUCUCUCCCUUGGGAUUGUAGGAUUAUUUUUUGAAAAUUGUAUAAACUUAUACUGGUCUGUACAGCUCUUCUCAUUAUACAGAAUUGGCUAACUAAUUCCCAACAAAACUGGGGGGGGAAGUUGUUAUUGGAAAAUUGACGUGUAACUUAAAACGUAGCUCUUUCAUUACACGAUCUGUCUUUCACGUCUUAAAUUUAGUCUGCACUGUGCCAAGUUGAAUGUAUGUCAAGCAACAUCUUAGCUGAAAUUUCCUAGCUUAAUUUGUGUAUAUUUUAUGGUCUUAGGGAAUGUGGAGCAAUGUUGAAGUAUGUUUUUAAUUUUACCACUUUUCAUAACACUACUUGACCCACUCUUGAAUUAGAGCAGCACUGUACAUUAAGUUUGCCUGAAUGGCUGUAUAGCGCGUAAGACUAAAAUUAUUUGUACAGUAUGCAAUUAUUGAGGUGUGCUUAUGACGACUGCCCUUAGGCACUGAAGUCUCAAACAUUGAACUAAAACGUCUGAGGCUGCUUAACUGUUUGAUUAAAUUUAUCAGGUUAAUGAGUUAAUACUAUAUAGCAAGUAGUAAAUGUAAGUUUACAUGGAAGGACUUGGCAAUGAACUCUUUCAUCUCUCCUAAUUCAUCACCCUUGAAAAAGUGUGAUGGAGUGAAAAUGUUCUGGUUCGUCUUGAUGAACCUGUUGGUGGCCACCAGAGCUUGAUAAAUUUGGUAUACUGUAAACCUCCUCUUGCAUUAUCAGCACUUCAUAUUUUGACUUGACUUGUUUCAAAUUUUAAACAAAAUUUAAUUUUGUUUAAGAGAAUGUGAGUUGACUGAAUAAAUGGAGCAAAUUGGAUAAACAAAGGAAAAGUAAGUGCUUGAAAUAGUCAGCAACAUCAGAUGAGUAUGGAAACUGCUACACUAAAACUGUACUGUAACUUAUUUGUAAAUGUUUUUGUCAAGAACCUUGUCAGACAUCUUACGGCCUCUUGUGUGUGUUGCAAGUGAAGCCCUCAACCCUAGUUUAAAAGGUUAUGUUUUGCCCUAUAAUAAAAAGCACUUAAGCUACAUGCCCUGAAGUUAAAACCAUGCUUUUGAUAAGGAGUUUCUGUGUGAAGUAUUCCAAAGGUUUUAGAAGGCUUUUCUUAUAAGUCACCAGUUGAUAGGCAGCAAGAGAAGCAACUCUGCAGCAAUUGAGAUUCUGAAUAACUUCAUUUCCAGAGUAAAUUGAUACCAGCUUUUUCUUUCUUGCUUUCACAGGCACAUUUUGGGGAAAAGGUUCUCUAUAGAUCUUGAUGACUGACUUUUUUUGGUACAAACUGAAGUAUUUGUAUUAUGGUGGAGCAUAGUAAUAGAAAAAUUGGAUUUCUUUCUAUUCUGAUUUGUGUCCCUUUUUAAAAAAACAAAAACCAAACCCUAACCACCCUUAAUUUAGGGGCUGGAUUUUAUCAGCCAGACUUGCUGGUUUGGAAUUUCCAUACCUUAGACCUUUUUCUUUUCUUUCUUUUCUUUUUUUUUUUUGUGUGUGCACUUGAACUAAACACUCCAAAUUUAAGAGGAAAUCUGGAACUUAAGGGGAAGGGGGACGUACAAAGGGAAAAGGGCAGUGAAGAAAUAUUUAAUUGGUUGAAGUUGGUUUUCAGUUAUAAUGGCCUAUGCCAGUUGCUCAACAUUAACCAUAUAGUUCUAGUCCCAAUUCAGUUUACACAGUUGGUCUGGUUUUGUGGCAAUAUACUCAAAUGAAGCAGGCUAUCUUCUCAUGCCUGUUAAUGGUAGUUUCAUUCCUGCUGACAUGGCUGUGUAAUUAAGCAGUUAAAUAAACUGUAACUAGCAUGUAGCUCAAAAUGUACAUCCUUUUUAUACCUAAGCUUUUUUUAUUUUAACCUUUUAUGAAGUUUACCAAGAAUUGCGACUUAGAUUUUUGAAACAACUCCUAUUUUAGUUGUUUGGAUCGCCUAUGGUAGGUUGCACAGAUGGGACAAUUACUGGUUUUGUAAAUUUUAAAAACUUCAAUCUACAAUCGAAUUUUAAAUGCAUUGCUCUUGUAGUUUACAGCCCUUUGGUUUUCUUAUUCCUCUAGGUCAUUUUAAAAAAUGGCUUGGGGUAGGCAUUGAGUGAGAUGAAAACACUAUUUAUUCGUGGAGAUCAACUAAAUUAUUUGCUUAACAUUACUGAUGAACUUAUUUUAACUCUGAAUUAGACAUGAAAUGACAGGUCUGCCUGUGGACACAGUGGUUUAUUCUCAGUGCAUUCUCAUGGAAGAAUAAAUGGUUUGGAGAAGAUGCCAUAUAGUUUCAACUACCUGCAUGCUGUAAAUGUUUUUGUGUUUUAAAUAAAGAAAAUCUUUGAA